AGGGUCCCUCUGCCGGCGCCACCGGGGGCCGUGUGCUCAAUAAAGGUCCGAGACCCUGGCCCUGUCUGCGCUUCUCUGAAGCUGCCUCCCUGUGGAAGGGCUGCUCCUGCCUCCACCACCAGAGCUUGGGUAGCAUGCCCGAAAGUCAGGAGCUGGUUAGUCCUAGGUGGUGACACACUCCUCUCAUCCCAGCACACUGGAGGCUGGGGCAGGGGGACCAUGAGUUCCAAGCCAGCCUGGGCUACACACUGAGGAGGAGGAGAGAGAGAGAGAGAGAGAGAAUGAAUGAAUGAAUGAAUGGGUCUUUCGAAGGUCCUCUAUCCUUCAAGGAGCUUGGUCAGGGAUCUAUUCAAGAAUUCUUCCCAUCUCAGAGGAUCGAAAUAAAUCACACAGCUGAAGAGCAGAACCUGAUGACUUAAGACAAAAGGCUUGGCCAAGGCCACAUGCCCAGGAUGGGUGGAUAAACAUUGCUCCUUCAGUUAAUAAACAUUGAUGGGCAGGCUGGCAGGAUGCCUCUGUCGGUAAAAUGUCCGGUGCACAAACAUGAGGAGCUGAGUUUACUCUCCAGCACCCAUAUAAACUCCAAGCAUGGUGGCAUAGGCCGAGACAGGCAGAUCCUGGUCAGCCAACCCAGCCCAAUUGGUGAGCCACAGGUCCCCAGUGAGAGGGGCUGUCUCAGAAAGAUGUGGCACUCGGAAGCACAGGCAGGAGUAUUACAGGUUCAAGGCUAGCCUGGACUACAAAGUAAGACUCUAUCUCAACAAAACAAAACGAAAUAAAACCAAGAGCUGAGAACAUAGAUCAUUGGCAGAACAUCAGCCUAGAGUCCCCCAGUGAGGGGCUGGGGUGUGGCUCAGUGAUAGAGCAGGGGAUGGAGGAUGGGUAUGGCUCAAUGGUAGAGUUUGUGCUUAACAUAUACAAGAACUUGAAUUCCAUCUCCAGCACUGAAAGUAAUCAUCAACGUUACAAAGAUGGAAAGGAGCCAGAUGGUGGUGUACAGCUUUAAUCCCAGCACUUGGGAGGCAGAGGCAGGUGGAUCCCCGAGUUCAAGGCCAGCCUGGUCUACAGAGUGAGUUCCAGCACAGCCAGGGCUACACAGAGAAACCCUGUCUUGAGUACCAAGCCACACCACAUUAAAAAAACGCACAGAAAAAAAAGGUUCAGAUGAAGGAGCGAGGAGACAAGGACAGGGGUGCAUAGGGACCGAUGGUGCAGCCUCCAGACUUUGUCUGUGCUCCAGAGACAACAAGGAAUCAUGGGAGCGACCGGCAGAGGAGGGUGGGGCCAAGGAGGGCAACGGAACCAGGCAGUGAUCUCCUGUGUCAAACGAUAGGAGUGACCCCAAGCCGCAGCAGUGAACAGGUUAGGUCACGCUGCUAAGUACAGACACAGUUCGAGACAGCCUUCUACAAGCAAUGGAGCCAGCCCUGACUAGAGGAGGCCAAACCGCCCUCCUGAACGCCAAGGGCAUCAGGCUUUCAUUGACUUCUCUGGGCAGGGGGAGGAGGAAACGUCUCGUAACUGUCCGUCAGCCACGGUUUUUGUCUCCAAAGAGUAAGGAUCCCAGCAGUUGGAAGGUGGAGACAGAAGGAGUGAGAGCCCGGAGUCACAGUGAUUGUGAAGGGAGUUAUGGUUUUGGGAGACCUUCUCCCCUCCCCCACCCUCCCUCUUUAUCUUACACACACACACACACACACACACAGGUGAUCUGGUAGAUUAAAGCAUGGGCAGCUCUGCCCAGGAGCCUCUGAAUUACAGCCGGGAGCUGCUUGCAUGGACAGGACAGGGCAGGAAGGUUUUCAGGAAGACGCAGAGACCGGAUGACAGAAACAGGCGCCCACCCCGAUGGGCCCACCUCAUCCUGUGUGACAGUGUUGAAUGCCCAGCUGUCAAAGAACAGACCUGCAUGCAGCGCUGAGUAGGUAGCAGCCUUCAAAGGUUGACGGUGGGAGGGUCAGGGUCAGGCGGGACAUAAGGGCAGGGGUGUCAAGCCCCCCCCCACCUCCAUCAUCUCUCGGUUAUCUCCAGCCCCCAUGAGAGAGUCCGUGUUUGCUGAGUGUGCCUAAAAUCCCAGCACUGGGAACUGAGACUAGAGGUUGCAAAUUCAAGGCCAGCCCACACUACAUAGUAAGAAAUUAUCUCAAGCAAGGGGCGGGGCGGCCUUUGGGGUGGGCAAGAGCAGCCUACAAACAUUUUGGGGAGUGUUGUUUGGUUUGUUUACUGAGACGGGGUUAUUCUUUGUAGACUAAGCUGGACUUGAGCUCCUGGCAAUCUUACUUGCCUCCAAUUCCUGAGUUCUGGGAAGAAAUGAGCCGGCAACACUUGGCUCACGUUUCUGCAAAGUGACCUAGGCAAUUGUUGCCAUGAGCCCAGGUCAAGGGCGUUACACCCGACGGAGUUGUAGGCUGUGUUGGUCUAGGGGGCUCCUACUUUGUAAAUAUCCUUGCGUUCUGCCGCAGCUGUUGAGAGGAACAGGGCGGGAGGCAGGCAGUAACGAGCGCAUCAUGGUUAAGGCGGCGUCAGGAUAAGAAUUCAUCUGCCCUCAGGCUCGUUGCUGGGGUCCCUACCUGUUUCAGAGACUAGAGAAGCUAGGAAAGGGUGGAGACUGGGUGGAGAGGAGCGGGGCGUAGGGAAUGGGCCAGGAGGAAGGGCUGGGGAGGUAGCAGGGGCCCAGGAGAAAGCAGAGUGUGCGGAUCCUGAGGCGAGGGCCGGGGCGGGGCCAUGAUGGUCCAGGACACGUCUAAAGGGCGGCGUCCUAAAGGGCCCUCAGCUAUGCGGUGCAGGGAAUUGACUGCAAACAGCCGAGAGAUGGCUGAGCGCGGGAAGACGAGAGGAGCCGAGAGGGUGCGUCUGGGAGUCGGGGAGAUGGCUGAGCUGUUAGCGCUGGCUGCUUUUCCAGAGGGCCCCGCGCCUUAGCACCUCACGGUGGGUCACGAGCCCCUUUAACUCCAGUUCCAGGGGCUCCUGUCCCCUCUUGGGGCACCGUGGGCAUUAGAAGCCCGUGCGGUGGAUGUACGUACAUACACACGGCAAAAUUCAUACACAUAAAAUAAGAGACUCGAGCCACCCCAAGUCCUGGAGCGGGCAGGCAGGAGCGAGAGCUAGCUGGAACCUCUUGGAUCAACGUCUCUGUUCUCUCCUGCGACGGGAUGGGGGUGAGGGAGCGUUACUUUUUAGGGUGGGCUACUGCGCAAGUGCAGGAAGCCGCAGGCCUACUUGCCCCUAGGAUUCCAGCGAGGCCUGCCAUAGCUGUACCACGGUCACGUGACAGUCACGCUUGCGCCCAACGCCCACCAGACAUCUUCUUCCCCGUCAGACCUUCCCGGGUGGCCUCAACCGGACUGCUCCCCACUCUGAGCUGGCCCUGUUGCCCUUCACCUGCGCCCUGCCCUCGGGAGGCUGCAAGCCCGCCGCACAUGCGUUCGCGGGCCGCACGCUUCCCGGUGGAGCUGGGCUUCGUGAGGGAUCCAGAUGCCCAGGUGGGCCGUCUGCAUCGCCUCGCUAUGGCUGGAGGCCCGUGCUGGGGCCUGGCCAGGCUCCUGCGUGGAGUUGUCCAGAUAGACGGUGAGAACUCCGCCGGGCAGACGGCGCUCUUCCUGUCCGCGCUCCUGGGCCACGCUUCUGCCGUGCGCCUCCUGCUGACCUUUGGCGCCAACCCCAACCACCGCUGCCUCGACGGCAGCACACCCGUGCACGCGGCUGCCUCCUCCGGCCGAGGGUUGGUGCUGUGGCUCCUGCUGCAGGCAGGAGGCGACCUGCGUCUGCGGGACCAGCAGGGUCGCACCCCUCGAGACUGGGCUGAGCGGGGUGAUAGCACGCAGAGCUGGGAGGUGCUGGAGCUGUUGCAGUGGUGCCGUUCCCACAUGUCAGCAUUGGUGCAGAGCGGGGAGUUGGCGCCCACUGUGUCCCUGAGUCAGCUGCAGGCUGGCUCUGGGCACAGCCUGUGUGGCCCGCUACCCUCGCUGAGGCUGGUGCAGGCAGACAGGGCGCUGAGGCAAGGGCAGCUCAGGAGAUCCCCCAAAACCCCCGCGUUGGGGUUCGGCCAGCUGAGCUGCCUCCAGCCCCCGGCACUGGUAAUGGGCAUCCCGCUGGCAGACCCCAAGGAGCUAGCGCCAACCCAGGGUGAGCCUGACCGUACCUACGAGAGCAGUUCUCAUACCCUCAUGGCCAACCUCCUGUGGAAGGGCCACCCCGUUACCGUCCGGCAGCUGAAGACCUCCGAAGCCCACCCUGAUGUGCUGUUGGCUGACCUUCAGCACUGCAGCACCCUGCACCACCCCGGGCUGCUGCUGCUGAUGGCACUGAGCCCCUCGGAGGACCUGUCCAGACUGAGCCUGCUCUUUGAGCCCGUGCGCCUGGGCUCCCUGUAUCUCCUGCUGCACUCUCCAGGAGCCGAUGAGGAAGGGCCCCGAGCCCUGCCAGGCCUGCCGCCCUGCACGCUGCUGCUACAGGUGUUGGAGGCCCUGUUGUUUCUGCAGUCCCGCUGCUGGGCCCAUGGUGGCCUCAGUUCCCAUGCUGUGCAGCUCGUGCGGCCAGGCCUGGCCAAGGUGAGCCACCUGGAGCACGGGCGGCCGCUGCACCGGCCCAGGCCGCAGCCCAGGCUGCAACAGGACUCCCCCAAGAGAGACCCAAGCCCAGGGCUCCCCCCGCCCCCCGAGCUGUACCCAUGGCUACCGCUGGAGCUGAUCCAUGGCGACGUGCCAGCCACGACCUCAGACCUCUACAGCUUCUGCAUCCUGGCCCAGGAGGUCUUCACUGGAGAGCUGCCCUGGGCUGGGGGAGAGGGGCCUGAGGUGAAGGCUAAGCUGGAGGCAGGUGAGAGCCCAGGCCUGGACCCCUCGCUGCCAGCCCCCUACCAGGCCUUGGUUCAAGCUGGGCUGGGCCUAGAGCCCGCCGACCGCUGGGGAAGCCUGCAGAGCACUCGGUACCUGUUGCGAAAGGCCGUGGCCCAGGACUCAGCACCCAAGGCCAGCUCUCCAGUCCAGUGGACAACGCUGUCUCCUGUAACCCUGGGCAACCUGCCAGAGCACCUGUACUGUGAGGGGGCUCCCAGGGCCAAGGCCAGGUCCAGGCUCGUGCUCCCUUCCCCAGGCCCUUCCCAGGCUCUGGAGACUCCUGGGACCACAGGUCACAGUAGGGCCCAGUGGAGUGCAGCCUGGGACUCGAGCAGUAGCUUGACCCUCAGCAGCGGCAGCAGCCCCAGCUCCAGUCUUCAUGUAGGCCCCAGGCCCAGCGCACACUGCUGCCCGGAGCCCACCUCAACAAAGCCUGACAGUGAGGACAGAGAGCCGAGGGAAGGGAGCCUCUUCUCCGGCCUACAGGAGAUGGAUCUGCUGGAGGAGAUCAUGGCAGAGCUGCAGAAUAAAUGCCACCUGGAAGACACGUGCAGGCUGAGCCCUGCUCUUAGCCCAGACGCCUCGGGUGCCCACAGCUCUCCCUGCAGACUUUACCCUGGGAGCCCCCCGGACUGACCCCAACCCUCAGUAUUUGCCUCAAAGCAGAGAAAGUGGUAAAGUCCCCGUUUGUCUCUUCAUCAUUCA